UUCGAUCGGAUCGGCAGCUAUAGUACAAGCGCGUGUCGUCCACCACGCGGCCGCCGUAAUUAGGGCCCCUCCAAGUCGAUGGCAAACACUCGUCGGGUCAACUCGCCGGCCAGAGAGAAAAUCGUAUUUGCAGAUCGAUAAAGUACAAACAUUGUGGAUACGAUAAACACCUGGAGACUGCAAUAAGAAGCCGGGUAGAUCGAAGAACUGAACGCACAAGAGCUGUGAUCUCCGAAGAAGUCGAGUCGAGGUUCGAAACCGCUGUUCCAGAACAUUCAACUAGACCAUACGUAUCCAAAGUGCCGAAGGGAAAUCCAUUUGCUCAGAUAACCAAAACACAAACAUAAUGCCAUCCACAACCAACCUGAACCGCACCUUGCCCACCCUGCUGUUGGUGGUCCUCGUUGCCGCCAGCACCCUGUUCAGCGGCACCUCGGCCAAAGUCUUCACCAAGUGCGAGCUGGCCAAGGAGCUGGGCAAGAAUGGCAUCUCGCGCACCUUCUACGGCCACUGGAUCUGCCUGGCGAACGCCGAAAGUGGCCUCAACACGACCAAGGUCACGAAGCUGGCCAACAUGAGCGCCAGCUACGGCAUCUUCCAGAUCAACAGCAAGGAGUGGUGCCGGGAGGGCCGCAAGGGUGGCAAGUGCAACAUGAAGUGCGAGGAUUUCAUCAACGAUAACAUCACUGACGACAUUGAGUGCGUGAAGAAGAUCCAGAUGCAGUACGGUUUCAACGGGUGGAACUUGUGGCAGAAAAAGUGCAAGGGCAAAGAACUGCCCAACAUUUCCAAGUGUAACGUUUAAGGGGGAAACCAAGUGCAAUAUAUCAGUCAAGUGAAACGUGCUCAAAAAGACACAAACGUACAAUAUGUGAUAACGAUUAAUUCCUAAAAAAUAAAACGCAUUUUAUAAGCCAGUUUAAAAACAAA